GGUCUGGUCCACGAACCGGCAGCCCCUGUCCAGUCCGGCCCACGACCCGGCGGUCCCUGUCCGGUCCGGUUGAUGACUCGACGGUCCCUGUCCGGUUCGAUUCACGACCAGACAGUACUUGUUCGGUCUGAUCGAUGGUAGGGCAGCUCCGGUCUGAUCCGGUAUAGUCAACAACUCGGCGGUUUCUGUUCAGUACGAUCAAUGACCCAACGGUCCCCGUCAUGUCCGGUCAACCACCCGGCGGUCCCCGUUUUGUCCGGUCAACGACCCGGCGACCCCCAUUCUGUCUGGAAAAUGACCCGACGAUCUGUGUUCGUUCCGAUCGACAACCGAGCGGUCUCGGGCCAAUCCCGUAAACAACCCAGCGGUCCCUGGUCCGGGCUAGUCAAUGACCCGACGGUUUAGUCAAGGUUUUUUCGAAAUCAUUUUUUAAAGUCUAGAGUUUUAAAAGAGCCGUUGAGUUGUCAACCAAUAGAGAAAUGGGAAAAGAAUUUAUCAAACUAACGGUUGAGAUUGACCGGGAUUGGCGGUUUUGGUCCCGACUUUCCUAUACAUGGGACCCAGUACCCUACUUGGGUUGUACUCGGUUCGGUUCCGGACAGGACCAUAUUUUUGAUCUUUUGGUCGGUCACAUAACCGGGUGAAAAAAUGUAUGAACAUGUUUUCAGAUUUGAAAAUGGAAAACAAAAAAUUGGAAACAGAAAAAUUGGAGAAAGGAAAACAGAAAUAGAAAACUGGAAAAUAUAUCGGUUAGUAAACAAGCCCUCAAUUUGAUAGAGUGAUUAGAUUUUACUGAUCUCUUCAAUAUGCUAAGGGUGUUGGACAGAGUGUAUAUGCUCUUUCUAAUGGUCAUUUAUUGGAUCAUUAAUAGUGGUCUCCUUUUAUACGCUGCAAUUUGUGGUUAGUCAUUGAUAAAUUCUGAUAAAGAAUUACUUCCAAGAGUUACCUAAACAAUUGUCUUGUUGGCCAAGUAGCAGCUGGAGGACUUUAGGUGAACUUAGCCAAAAUUUUCUGAUUCCCCGUCCAUUAUCCCAAUAUAAUGUUAAUGAAUUGUCUUUUCUUAGGAUAAUUUUGGUAGGUUGCAUGAUAGGAACAAAGAAACACCCAAGGCUUUUAAGCAGCUUGCACGUUUAUUCCCAAACAAAGUGAUGAUACAAAUUCCACAAGAUGAAACACUACUAUCGGACUGGAAGCAGCACUUGGAUCAGGACAUUGAAACUUUGAAAUAUCAAGCAAAUAUUUCUAACAUUCGCAAUGUUUUGAAUCGCAUUGAGCUUCAUUGUCCUGAUAUCGAAACAUUGUGCAUAAAAGAUCAAACAUUGACAAAUGAGAGUGUGGAGAAAAUGAUUGGCUGGGCUCUGAGUCAUCAUUUAAUGCAUUCUUCGGAAUCUUCCACCAAAGAUGGCAAACUUGUGAUCUCCAGUGAGAGCAUUAGUUAUGGGCUCAAUAUCUUGCAAGGCAUUCAAAAUGAAACCAAGAGCGUGAGAAAUUCUCUUAAGGAUGUGGUUACUGAGAAUGAAUUUGAGAAAAAACUACUUGCUGAUGUUAUUCCACCCAGUGAUAUUGGAGUUACUUUUGAUGACAUUGGGGCCUUGGAACAUGUGAAGGAUACUUUGAAGGAAUUGGUUAUGCUGCCUCUUCAAAGACCAGAGUUGUUUUGUAAAGGACAGCUUACCAAGCCUUGCAAGGGGAUAUUGCUUUUUGGACCUCCAGGCACUGGUAAGACAAUGCUCGCAAAAGCAGUUGCAACAGAAGCUGGUGCAAACUUUAUUAACAUAUCAAUGUCAAGCAUUACAUCAAAGUGGUUCGGUGAAGGAGAAAAAUAUGUCAAAGCAGUAUUCACUUUAGCCAGUAAAAUUGCUCCUAGUGUUGUUUUUGUGGAUGAGGUGGACAGCAUGCUAGGGAGACGGGAAAAUCCUGGAGAGCAUGAAGCUAUGCGCAAAAUGAAAAAUGAAUUUAUGGUGAAUUGGGAUGGUUUGCGCACAAAGGACAAGGAACGAGUGCUUGUUCUUGCAGCAACCAAUAGACCCUUUGACCUCGAUGAGGCGGUUAUUAGGAGGCUUCCUCGAAGGUUGAUGGUUAACUUGCCUGAUGCUUCUAAUAGAGAAAAGAUUUUAAGAAUUAUAUUAACCAAGGAGGAGCUAGAUCCUAAUGUUGAUUUUGAAGCAAUUGCUACUAUGACUGAAGGGUAUUCAGGAAGUGAUUUGAAGAACUUGUGUGUUACGGCAGCACAUUGUCCCAUUAGGGAAAUUUUGGGGAUGGAAAAGAAGGAGAAAGCUUUGGCAAUAUCAGAAAACAGACCAUUGCCAGCUUUGCAUGACAGUUCUGAUAUUCGUCCUCUUAACAUGGAUGAUUUCAGAUAUGCACAUGAACAGGUGUGCGCCAGUGUAUCGUCAGAGUCAACAAAUAUGACUGAGCUUCUCCAGUGGAAUGAAUUGUACGGAGAAGGUGGAUCAAGGAAGAAAACAGCUCUUAGCUACUUCAUGUAGAGAGAUAUGGCAGAUGUGUGAAUUGUAUAUUGCUGCUGCUUGUUUAGUCACUUCAUUGUCACUGCCAGUGUGGUGGUCUGGACACUGUCAACAGUGUGCAUGAGAGAAUAGCAACCUAGGCUGGUGGGACCCGGAUGCAUGAGGAUUUCAUCUAGCUUCAUGAAUUCUCUGUUCAGGUCCUUGUGUAUCAUAUUUUCUGUCUAUAGUAUUUAACCUCCAAGCUUGCCAAGGUGUAAGCUUUAGAACAUCUGUUCAGAUUAUUUGACUGUUACUCUAUUUGCUAGGUUUCAUUGUUGUAACUUUUGUAAAAGUAUAUGUAACUCAAUAGGGAUAUAUAUGUUUUAUUUCUCGCAAUUGCUUGCACUAUUUGCUUUAUGAAUUCACUGAAUUAUUAAUGUCUUGCUUUGACCGGAUUAAUAUGCUCCAAGUAUGAUUUGAUCAGCCUGCUGGAC